GAACACAGCACACCCUCUCGACAGCUACGGAGGCCUGAGUCUCCAUCCCCGAGCUGUCGAUCUGAAAAGUCAAUGGAGCAUCCUCCCAUCUUUAGUGACCAAGCACCACAUCCACAUGUUGGGGCCUCCUCUCCACAACAUCCACAUGUUGGGGCCUCCUCUCCACAACAUCCACAUGUUGGGGCCUCCUCUGCUGCAGCUGGGAGAGGGCAUGAGGAGACCCGUAGUCCUGGUCCAACACAGAGAGCCGUGUCUCCUGUACCCAGCUGUAGAUCUGAAAAGUCCAUAGAGCAUCCUCCCAAUAUUGGUGACAGCCAUGUGAACCGUGACCAAAGGCCUAAGGAUGACUCACGGACCCAUUUCACAGACCCCACUCAACCACAACGGUCCAUGUCUCCAUCCCCCAGCCUACAGUCUGACAAGUCCAAAGAGAAUCCUCCCAUCUUCAGCGACCAAGCACCACAUCCACAUGUUGGGGCCUCCUCUCCACAACAUCCACAUGUUGGGGCCUCCUCUCCACAACAUCCACAUGUUGGAGCUUUCUCUACUGUAGCUGACAGAGGGCAUGAGGAGACCCUUAGUCCUGGACCAACACAGAGAUCUGCUCUGUCCUCUCUAUCCAGCUUGGAGGAAUGGACACCCGAUGACACGGCUUGUCAUCAUCCAACGCCACUCCAACUGUGGGCCAUGUCACAGCAAGCACAAACAAAUACCAACGAUUUCAAAGAUUUGCAAAGCAUUAAGGUGUCCCACAAAGCCAACAUGAGCAAGAGAUUUGAGUAUGUAUGUGAGGGGAACGUUACACCAGGAAGUGAGACCCCAUUGAACAGGAUAUUUACUCCAGUUUACAUCACUGAGCGCUGCAAUGAAGGGCUGAAAACAAGUGAGGUUCAACAGAUCGAAGCAUCAGGAAGACAAUCGCAAGACACUGCAAUUGAUUGCAAUGACAUCUUCAAGCCACUAGGUGAAGAGAACAUGUCCAUCAGAGCUGUACUAACCAAAGGCGUUGCUGGCAUCGGGAAAACGGUGUCUGUGCAGAAGUUCAUUCUUGACUGGGCUGAGGAGAAGGCAAACCGUGCUGUAGAUUUCAUAUUUGUUCUUCCAUUCCGGGAAAUGAAUUUGAUUAUGGAUCAGCAGUACUCAUUCCACCAACUUCUGGUUGACUUCCACCCUGCCUUGACGAACUUGAGUGAUACCAAAGAUCUCUAUGACAACUGCAAGCUUGUAGUCAUCUUUGACGGGCUAGAUGAGAGCAGAAUUGGAUUGAAAACAGCCAGUGGCCAACAGCAGCUAAUUCAUGACAUUACAGAGAAAUCUUCAGUUGGUGCCUUGGUGUCAAACCUCAUCAAUGGGAACCUUUUGCCAUCUGCUCAUGUAUGGAUCACAUCAAGACCUGCAGCAGCUGGUAAGAUCCCAAAUGAGUGCAUCAGCCGUGUGACAGAAAUACGUGGGUUUACUGACCGUCAGAAGGAAGAGUACUUUCGGAAGAAGAUCAUUGAUCAGGGCCAAGCAGACCAGAUAAUCUCACACAUUAAGGCAUCCCGAAGCCUUCAUAACAUGUGCCACAUUCCUGUCGUCUGUUGGAUCUCCUCAAUUGUGCUUCAGGAAAUCUUUCAGAAUGAGAGAGAAGAUAGACCACAGACCCUGACAGAAAUUUUCACCCAUUUCCUAAUCAUUCAGAUGAACAUGAAGAACAAGAAAUUUCAUGGGGAAAUUGAAGAGUGUGCUCCCAGCAACAGGAUUCUUGAAGCUAACAAAGAUGCAAUUUUGAAGUUAGCAGAGCUAGCAUUCAAACAACUGGAGAAAGAAAAUCUACUCUUCUACGAGGAGGACCUUGAGGAAUGUGGCAUUGGAGUUACUGAGGCUGUAGUAUACACUGGCCUGUGCACUGAAUUGUUUAGGGAAGAGUUUGUGUUCAGAAAAAGGAAAGUCUUUUGUUUUGUCCACCUCUCGAUUCAGGAGUAUCUUGCUGCUCUCUAUGCAUUUUACUCCUAUGUGAACAGGAACUACAAAGUUCUAAGAUCCAUCCUCACGGGUUGGGAGAGGCAACACUUCCUGGAGAGUCUCCUGAAGGAUGCUGUGGACAAGUCAGUUCGGAGUGAAAAUGGUCACUGGGAUCUGUUCGUGCGGUUUCUUCUGGGAAUCUCACUUGAAUCAAAUCAGAGACUCCUGCAAGGCUUACUGCAGCAAACGGUCAGCAGCUCAGAGAGCAUCGCAGAAACCAUUAAAUACACCAAAGAGAUCAUCCGCUACAAAGACAUCAAGGAAAGAUGUAUGAAUCUUCUGCUGUGCCUGCUUGAAAUGAAUGACAACUCUCUACACAAUGAGAUUCAGGAGUACCUGGAGUCAGGGAAAGAGCUGCUGCCUUCACACUGUUCAGUACUGGCCUAUGUAAUCCUGGUGUCUGAAGAUGUACUCGACGAACUUGACCUCUCUAAAUACAACACCAACAAGGAGGGUCACAGAAGACUUCUCGAAGCUGUGAGAGGCUGCACAAGGGCUUGUCUGAUCGGCUACCACUUCUCCAGGAAUGUCUUCAAGCCAGUGGCUUCAGCACUUCAGUCAGAAACCUCUCAGCUGAGGCAUCUAGACCUGAGCUACAAUGACCUCAAAGGUGUGCAAGAGAAGCUCCUUUCUUCCCUCAGCACUGAGCAAUGCAAGCUGGAAACUCUCACGCUGAACUGCUGUGAGCUGACAGGAGACUUCUGUGGCUCCAUAAGCCAGAUACUCGAGUCCGGACACACACGUCUUACAGAGUUGGACCUGAGCAACAAUGACAUCUCAGACGCAGGGGUAGAUCAGCUCUCAAAUGGGCUGAGGUCUGAAAACUGUAAAAUUGCCGUUCUCAGGCUCUCAGGUUGCCUGUUGUCAGAGAAGGGCUCUGAGUCUCUGGCUUCAGCACUGGAGUCCAACCCAGGCCACCUACGAGAGCUGGAUCUUAGCUACAACCAACCCAGUGAGGAUGCAGUCUCUCGACUCUCCUCUCUUCAACACAACAAAGACUACAAGUUGGACAAGCUUGCAGUUGAUCCUGCUGGAGUUGAAUGGUUGAAACCAGGAUUGAGGAAGUAUGCCUGUGAGCUCACCAUGGACCCAGGCACGCCUCACCGAGACCUAAGGUUGUGCAAUGACAACACGAAAGCCAAACGGGGCUCUGAACAGCCACAUCCUCCCAGCCCUGACCAGUUCGAGAUCUUCGAGCAGGUGCUGUGCAGAGAAUGUCUGACUGAAUGCCGCUACUACUGGGAGGCCGAUUGGAUUCACAGAGGGGCCUACAAGGGCAUCACCAGGAAGGGAAAACAGGACAGUCAGUUUGGGGCAAACGACAAAUCCUGGAGCUUGAUUUGCCGUGAGAACAAGUACACCGUGAAGCACAACAGUAGAGACAUCAACAUUCCAGUGGCAGAGCUGUCCACCAGUCAGAACUGUGUAGGUGUGUAUCUAGACUGGCCAGCCGGCACAUUAUCCUUCUACAGAGUCCAUAACGACAAACUGACACACCUCCACACGUUUUCUACAACCUUCUCUGAACCCGUGUACCCGGGAUUUGGACUAGAGUAUGAUUCACAUGUCUCUCUUUGUCAGAUCAAGUAUGAAAGCAAUGACUUCAAAAUGAAUCAGAUGCCUCAGGGUGAGCGUGUUGAAGCCAUCUCUGGUUCAGCACAUGAGGGACAUGAUGGGUCCCUCAAUAGAGGUCCAAAACAAGACUCAGAACAUUUGCAGCAUGAAGAACACAGCACAGAGUCUCCACUGCUACGGAGGCCUGUCUCUCCAUCAGCCAGUCUCCAGUCUGACGAUUCCAUGGAGCAUCCUCCCAUCUCUAUUGGCCAAGCACCACAUCCUGGGCAUGACGAGAGCCUUAGUCCUCCAGGUCCAACACAGAGAGCCGUGUCUCCAUCCCCCAGUCUCCAGUCUGACAAGUCCAUGGAGCAUCCUCCCAUCUUCAGCGGCCAAGCACCACAUCCACAUGUUGGGGCCUCCUCUCCACAACAUCCACAUGCUGGGGCCUCCUCUCCACCACAUCCACAUGUUGUGGUCACCUCUACUACAGCUGACAGAGGGCAUGUUGAGACCCUUAGUCCUGGACCAACACAGAGAUACCUGUCUCCAUCACUCAGCUAUCGAUACAGCUCCAUGCAGCUCAGGGAGAGAGAUAUGUAUUAUUCCCCAAGAGCUCAUCACAUGAAGGCCGGCCGGCACAUUCUCUUGACACACCUGACACACGUUUUCUACAACCUGUACCCGAGGGCCAUCGCCAGUAACAUGAGUCUCUCUGAGGAGGAAAACACCGGUGCCUUUACAGCGGCCAUGCCACCGUCUCCCCCUCCACCAGGCACCCUGUCCCUUUACACCGAUGAUACAGUGGAAGAAGCUACAGGAGAAGGGGGCUGUUUGGGAAAGAGUGGUCAAAUCAUGCAUACAUGGACAUCUCCAGUUCCCAGUAAUUUGUCCUUGGGAAGUGCUGAAUCCAUGAUGCAACAACUGAAUCUAGCAGAUGGCUCAGCAGAUGAAAGACCAGUAUCUCCAGUUCCCAGUAAUGUAUCUUUGAACAGCUCAGAGUCCAUGAUGCAACCUCUGAAUUUCAGACCAAUAUCUCCUGUCCCCAGCAACUUAUCUCUGAAGAGUACUGAAUCCAUGAUGCAGCCUCUGAAUUUAAGUGGUGGGAACGCGGGUGACAGCAGACCUGUAUCUCCAGUUCCCAGUAACUUAUCUCUGAAGAGUACUGAAUCCAUGAUGCAGCCUCUGAAUUUAAGAAGUGGAACUGCGAGUGACAGACCAAUAUCUCCAGUUCCCAGUAACUUAUCUCUGAAAAGUAAUGAAUCCAUGAUGCAGCCGCUGAAUUUGAGUGACAGCAGACCAGUAUCUCCAGUUCCCAGUAACUUAUCUCUAAAGAGUGCUGAGUCCAUGAUGCAGCCUCUGAAUUUAUCUAGUGCAAUCACGAGUAACAGAUCAGUAGAGGGGUCAAGGUGUGGAGUGUGUAAGGAAGAACUAGAAGAGCCGAUGCCAGUUUCCUGUGGGCACAACUUGUGCAGGCAGUGUGUUAACGUAUUCAACUGUGAGACUGGAGACACAGCAAAUACCAUCUGCACUCUGUGUAGCAGUUCUCAGUCACCGUCACCUCCACUCCCAAAACCAGCAGUUGGGGGCAUCAUGGAAAGAGUAAAAGUGAACCAUAAAUCGGUGAUGGGAAAGAGGUUUGAGCACAUUUGUGAAGGGAACAUCAGUCGAAGCAGUCAGACAUCCCUAAACAGAAUAUUCACACCCCUGUAUAUCAUGGAUAAAUGGAGCGAAAGCUCUAGUGCGCAUGAGAGCCGACAAAUUGAAGCAUCAAGGAGACAAAGGCAAGACACUGCAAUUGAAUGCAAUGAUAUCUUCAAACCAUUGGGUGAAGACAGGAACAUUAGAACAGUUCUGACCAAAGGCGUAGCUGGAAUUGGAAAAACGGUAUCUGUGCAGAAGUUCAUUUUUGACUGGGCUGAGGAGAAAGCAAACCACGACAUAGAUUUCAUAUUUGUUCUUCCAUUCCGUGAGAUGAACUUGGUCAGAGAUGAUCAGUAUUCUUUUCAUCAACUUCUGGUUGACUUCCACCCGGCCUUAAAAGACCUGAGUGAUAAGGAAGAUCUCUAUGCCAACUGCAAGUUGUUAAUAAUCUUUGAUGGGCUUGAUGAAAACAGAGUUACCCUAAAUGUUGGUAGCCUUACAGCCAAGAAAAUUCAUGACAUUACAGAGAAAUCUUCAGUUGGUAUCCUGGUGUCAAACCUCAUCAAUGGGAACCUUCUGCCAUCUGCUCAUGUAUGGAUCACAUCAAGACCUGCAGCAGCCGGUCAGAUCCCAUAUGAGUGCAUCAGUCGUGUGACAGAAAUACGUGGGUUUACUGACCAUCAAAAGGAAGAGUACUUUCGAAAGAAGAUCAGUGAUCAGGGCCAAGCAGAUCAGAUCCUUUCCCACAUAAAGGCAUCACGAAGCCUUCACAGCAUGUGUCAGCUUCCUGUUAUCUGCUGGAUUUCCUCAAUUGUUCUUCAGGUAAUCUUUAACAGCAAGAGAGAAGAUAAGCCACAGAGCCUAACGGAAAUAUUCACCCAUUUCCUAAUCAUUCAGAUGAAUAUGAGGAACAAGAAAUUUAAUGGGGGAAUUGACAAGGGAGUGCCUAGCAACAGGAUUCUUGAAGCCAACAAAGAUGCAAUUUUGAAGCUAGCAGAGCUAGCAUUCAAGCAGUUGGAGAAAGGCAAUCUUCUCUUCUACGAGGAGGACCUUGAGGAAUGUGGGAUGGAUGUCACUGAGGCCUUAGUGUACAGUGGUUUAUGCACAGAAUUAUUCAGGGAAGAGUUUGUGUUCAGACAAAGGAAAGUCUUUUGUUUUGUCCACCUCUCAAUUCAGGAGUACCUUGCUGCUCUCUAUGCAUUUUACUCCUACGUGAACAGGAACUUUAAAGUUCUAAGAUCCAUCCUCACUGGUUGGGAGAGGCAACACUUCCUGGAAACUCUACUGAAGGAUGCUGUGGACAAGUCAGUUGAGAGUGAAAAUGGUCACUGGGAUCUGUUUGUGCGGUUUCUUUUGGGAAUCUCACUGGAAUCAAAUCAAAGACUCCUGCAAGGCUUACUGCAGCACACGGUCAGCAGCUCAGAGAGCAUCGCAGAAACCAUUAAAUACAUCAGAGAGAUCAUCCGCUACAAAGACAUCAAGGAAAGAUGUAUGAAUCUUCUGCUGUGCCUGCUUGAAAUGAACGACAAUUCUUUGCACAACGAGGUUCAGCAAUACAUGCAAUCGGGAGAAGCCCUGUUGCCUUCACACUGUUCAGUACUGGCCUAUGUAAUCCUGGUGUCAGAAGAAGUACUCGACGAAUUUGACCUUUCAAAGUAUAACACCAAUACUGAUGGUCAUGAAAGACUUUUAGAAGCUGUUGCAGGCUGCAGAAAGGCUCGACUGGUAGGGUGUCGUCUCACCUUGAAAGGCUUCGGGAUUGUCAUCCAGGCCCUUGAGUCAGACAUGUCACAGCUGAGAGAACUGGACCUUAGCUACAACGACCUACAGGAUUCAACCACCCAAGCUCUCUGCUGUGGACUGAUGAACUCUCAUUGCAAAGUGCAAGCUUUGAGGUUCUUAUAGUUCUCUUCAUCUUCAACUCAACUUGAAUUGCCUGCCUAUUUCCUCAACUUAAAUUGCCUGGAGUUUUUACAAUUUAUUUCUGCUAAAUGUAUGCAUUUCCUCUGUAGGCUUGUUUGCUGUGGACUGACGGAGAACUUUUGUGAAUCUUUAAGUCUUGUUCUCCAGUGGCCAAGCUCACAAUUACAAGAGCUGGACCUAACAAACAACAACCUUAAAGAUGCUGGAGUACAAUCUCUCUCGGAUGGCUUGAGAUCUACAAAUUGUAAGAUGAAGAUUCUCAGGCUCUCUGGCUGUCUCAUCACAGAGAGUGCUUCAGAAUUCUUAUCUGAAGCCUUGCUUUCAAACCCCACCCACCUUAGCGAGCUGGAUGUCAGCUACAAUCACAUUGGAGAUGCUGGGAUUGCACUGCUUUUAUCUCUACAAACAGGCAUCUGCUCCAAGUUGGAGAAAAUAAUUGUUGACAACGAUGGGAGGCAGUUCCUGCAACCGGGCCUGGGAAAAUAUGCGUGCCAGCUGACCAUGGAUCCCAUCACUGCUCACAACAUGCUUGGACUCAGCAAAGGAAACACAAAGGCAACCAAACUCAGUGAGAGCGCACAGAGGCCUGAUCAUCCUGAGCGAUUUGAGGUGUACGAGCAGGUUCUGUGCAGUCAAGGUCUGACAGGACGCGCUUACUGGGAAGUGGACUGGAGUUACCAAGGGGCAGAGGUUGCUGUGGCCUACAAAGGCAUUGGUAGAAAAGAAGAGCACCACAGCCAGUUUGGAGUCAACGACAAGUCCUGGAGCCUCAGAAGCGGGUUGCGGACUCACUACCAAGCCAAGCACAAUAACAAGACUGUGCAAGUGUCAGCACCCAAUCCUAAUGCAACCUCGGAUAAAGUGGCAGUGUAUCUGGACUGGUCAGCUGGGUUGCUUUCCUACUAUCAAGUGUGUUCUCCAGAGUCAAAAGUCCACCUGCACACUUUCUCUGCCAAGUUUACAAAGCCUGUCUAUCCCGGGUUCUGGGUUGACCAUGACUCCUUUGUUUCUUUGUGUCUCCUUAAGUAGCACUUGGGUUGUGGGGUGAUGGUUGAUAGAGUUGCCUGUUUGGCAGUGCAAAAUUUAGGUCCAAGAUAGCAAUUAACAUUGAAUCCUAUGAGACCAGUUGGUGGCUAGCGGUUCUCAUAGGAUUCAAUGUUAAUUAAUUGCUAGCUUGGAGGUAAAAUUUAGACUGCCAUAAUCAGAGAACAGUUGAAAGUAAGGAGAAAUGUAAAACUAUUAUUUAACUCAAGGGGGAGGUGUAAUAUGAGCUUAUUUCUAAAAAUGGUACAGUAUCACUUUAGCGCCCACUCCAGGUUAGUAGGCCUGCCCUUUGCACACCUCCUAUGGACAGGUGCGUAUAGAAAUGGAACCUCUGGGCAGUGUUGCCAGAUGUGUCUGAUCAAAUCUUGCCCAAAAGGUUCUCAAAAACCGCCAAAAUGAGCUAAAUUCCGCCCAAAUUCAACAAAUGACAUUGACCUCUAUGGGCCCAAAACGGCUGGAAAAAAAAACGCCAAAUGGCCAAUUUUUCCCGUUUUUACCCGCAGACGUUCAUCCCAAGUAGCCCAAUUGGGCAGGCACCCGCACAAUCUGGCAACACUGCAAGUAAAACGCUGCAAAUGUGAACAGUGUGCGGGAACUUGCUUGUCUCCUACGUAUAAAUGCUGUAAAUGGCAUCUGCAGUAAAGUUGAGUUCUUGAAUAGUAUAGAAAACACGAUAGAAACUUGGUUCAUAUUGUAUGUGUCUCUGUGUGUGUGUACUAGCCUACUAGAAGUGUUGUAAACAAAUAUUUGUAUACUGUACAUACAAUUAAAUCUUGCUUUUUGUUUGAGGAAAAAGGAAUAAUGUGACCAAUUAAACUGCUGUUUCAUUGAAUCACUGCAAUUCUCUCUCUCUCUCUCUCUCUCUCUCUCUCUCUCUCUCUCUCUCUCUCUCUCUCUCUCUCUCUCUCUCUCUCUCUCUCUCGCUUAAUAAGAGAGAUAGUAGUACAAAAUCUCUCAAACAUCAGCAAUGUCAAGUUAGCCAAUGUUCACAUGUACAGCCCUGAACUGAAGUAUGAGACGUUAGACCAGCUAGGGGGUACCAAUAAACACCAGGCUUAAUCCAAAGGUCAUUUGAUUUAUUUUUUUUACAAAGGCUUUGUUUACUAUGUAGUAUGUCAAAUUUAUCUAAGGUUAGCUAGGUAGGGUUACCUGCACCUGCACCUAUAAUGACCUGUCUUUAGUCACAGAUGUAUUCAGUAAAAUGCAGGAGUGAAAGUAGUUUUCAUUUGUUACCAGUGCCACCCCCCACCUAGCCUCGCGAGCCAUCCUACGUACUUCCGCCAAAGGAUUGGCUCCACUACGAAAUGAAAUGGUAGUAUUAUGGGAUGGUCAGGACCAGGCUACCCCCCACCACCAUCCGAAAACAAACAA